AGUUGAAAGAGAUUGGAAAUGGCAUCCAUGAAACCAGAGGACAUCUUGUUUUAGAAGUGAUUUUAUUGAAAUUUGUCAAGAAUGAUCAUUUAUUCUGUUGUCCAGGAACAUAGAAAAAUUUGGAUGGCAUCUAUGCUUACAAUUUAACUGACUCUGUGGUCUGUGGGAUUAUUGUUAACGCCUUUCGUUACGCCACUGGCCGUAACUCUAAUAUAAUGCAGAGUAACUUUAGUCAACCACUGGAGAUCAGCAGCUUUCCGAAAUCAUCAUUGAUUUUAUGUCUAAUCCGAUCUUUUUAUUGCUAGAAAGAUGGUGUCUGUCUCCAAAAUUGGAAAAUAUAUCAAAGCUACACGGCUUUUUUCACUACCAUGUAGUCUAUUUCCCGCUGCAGCAGGAUAUCUAUUUGUUGAGGAGAAGAGCAACAGUUUAGCUAUACUAUUUUUUGUCUUUAUAACUGUUGCUCUAUUACAUGUGGCAUCCAACUUACUGAAUACUUACUAUGACUUUAAGUACAAGAUAGAUGAUGCUGACCACUGCUAUGAUGAAACUUUGGUUAAGGAAAUACUUCACGAAGAUGAAGUUCUGAAUGCAGCUUGGCUCUGUCUGGCAUUUUCAAUGCUAUUUUUUGGCAGUGGAGUUUUCAUCACCAAAUCUGCUCACCUCAUACCUUACGUCCUAUUCUUCAAAGCAAUAUUCAUUGGAUUUAACUAUUCAACUGGAUUUAAGUUCAAGCACAACUGUCUUGGAGAGUUUUUUACAUACAUUACAUUUGGACCAAGUAUUGCUACGUUUGUGUACUCUUGUUUAUCAGAUGGGAAGUUUUCUUGGGAGCUGAUUGUCGCCUCAAGUCCUCUUGGUAUUGCUAUCACUUCAAUACUAUACGCUAAUAAUGUCAGAGAUUCAGGACAUGAUUUGAAGUGUGGUGUGAGAACAGUCGCAAAUCAGCUUGGUCUCCAGAACUCUCUUAACCUAUACUCACUCCUGCUUCUCAUGCCAUAUGUUCAGGUGACGGGUUUUGCUAUCCUGUACCAACAUCUGGAGCUAACAUUAAUUUGGGUGCUAGUUCCAGUCACCCUCUACUGUGCUUAUAAUCCUCGUCGUUCUGGUGUUAUGGACGGUGUUGGCGGCCUGUUUGAUAAAACUCUGAUUAAUUUCCAUCUGUUUGCAUCAUUUUACUUGGGUCUGCUUUAUUAUAUUACCGGAUAAAUGUGUUGUAUUUCAUAGUAAAUCUUUAUUUUUUCAUGCUCAUUCACCAUUAGGUUCAUAUUUGCGUUAUUAAUAAUAGGAUUGAAUUGCUUUUAAAUGGUUGCUGUUUGCCAAAUUAUCGCUGGUCGCUAGUUAUUAUUUAUUAUUUUUAUUUUUAAGAUUUGUUUUUAAUCUUCCAAUUUUAUCCUUUUUUUCCAUCUAAUCAGU